AUGACUAAGGCAACCUCCUGGAUGGAAGGGACAAAUUGUUGUCUGUGGGAUGGGGUUAAUUGUGAUACCGAAACAGGGAAUGUGAUUGCCCUUGAUCUUACCUUCAGCUGCCUUGUUGGUCCUCUCCAAUCUAACAGCACCCUCUUCCUUCUAUCCCAUCUCCGUCAGCUUAACCUUGCUGGGAAUAAUUUCAACAUGUCCCCGAUGGCAUCCCAGUUUGGCCAGUUGACUAGUUUGACCCAUCUAAACAUCUCUGGUUCAGGAUUUAGUGGUAAAAUCCCCCUUGCAAUCUCACACCUUUCUGAACUGUUGUCCGGUAAUUAUGGUUUGAUCUUUGAAGCGCAUGUCUUUGAAAAUGUCGAGAAAACCUUGACGCAACUAAGACACCUUCAUCUCUCAAAUAUCGAUAUGUCUUCAGUUGUGCCUACCUCUUUCCGUAACAUGUCUUCUGACAUAACAACUCGUAUCCUUGAGGAGAAUGGACUUCAAGGAAAGUUCCCCGAAGAUGUUUUCCACUUUCCAUACCUGCAGAAGUUCCACUUUGCAAUAUUUCUUCGAGAAUCCGGGCAGGAACAGGAACUAGAACUCAAGUUCCCAAAGACAAAUUGGAGUGGUCCCCUGAAGUCAUUGCAAGUCCGACGUGCAUAUUUGCAGGAACUACCUGAUUCAAUUGGCGAUCUUAGAUCUUUGGAGAUAUUGGAUCUUCACCUUUUCAACCUCACUCAAGUUCAGUUUCUAGAUUUUUCUGGAAACAAGUUGGUGGGUUCCCUUCCAUCAAAAGUGAGUGGGCUUUCACAACUUAGAAUUCUACGCCUUCAUCACAACUUUCUCAGUUACAGGGUACUAUCCUGGUUGUUCACUCUUCCAUCUUUAGUUCAGUUAAGGCUCAAUAGUAACAAGCUGAACGGCAAUUUUGAAUUGGACAAACUAUCAGACGGCAGCAAACUUUAUUGGAAAUUGGCCAACCAUGCUGCUGUUACAUUUUGUGUUGAAGUGCAUGCAGCUUGA